GGGGGGGUGCAUUUUAGUUGAUGCAGUAAUAGCAUAAAAAGGGAAUGCAGCCUUCAAAUGAUUUCAAUGAUGCUUGUGAAUUGUCAGUUCAGUUUUAGGAGAUGAUUCUGUUCCCCUCCCUACUUUUCAUUAGUUAGCACUAGGGUGGGUAGGUCUUUGUACAACUCAUGACAGAGUCACCAAUGAAGGCUACCUUAGUUGUGUAUCAAAUUGAUUUCAAGCCCUGACAGGCACCCAGCCUAUAAUUGUAUUUUGCACCUUCAAAAGACAAGAUAUUAACAUGUAUAAUAAAUGUGUGUGUUUCUAUCUUAUUUCUCCCAUCAACCAACACCCUUCUCCUUUCUGACCCCCCAUCACAUUCCUGAUUGAUUCAUUUGGGUUUUUUUAAUACAAGGAUAGACAUAAAUUUGAAGCAAAACAGUAAAAUGUUACCACCUUCAUUUUUUAAAUAAAGAUGAUAAUUAACGUUUUUUUUAAUCAAAGUGUGCACAUCUUCAAGCACCUUAGAUGGAAAAUGUAUUGGUUUAAUUAAGAUUUUUUCAGAGAGAGAGAUCACUGCAACCACUAGGAACUGAGAGCAAAAGACAAAUCUUUCUAAGGAGGGUGCUAUCUGUUUUAUAACUCCCUGACUAUCUUUGUUGUUUGUACUUCAGAUGGAGUCAAUUUUUAUCUGUCUCACUCCUGCAGAGAAAAAACUGAUUUUAUAAUGUGUUUCAAUGAAGCUAUUACAAAUUUUAAUCAUUAGAUUUCUCUUUUGCUUUUGUGUAUUUUUCUUUUUCUCUCAGUGCAGAGAUGCACUGUGACAUUGGUUAUAUAGCAUCACAUAUCGAUCUGUUUCUUCACAAGUCAAUUAGAUAACCCUGUUGGAAUCAUAACUAGCUUGAGUGGGACACUUAACACCAGUGUCUUUUUUUUUUUCUUGGCUGGAUCCUCCCUCAUUCAUCCUGAAUUUCUUAGAAAUAAACUUUGAUUUUGGUAUCCAUUACAAGCAAGAAAGGCAUUCAGUACAUUUUUUUUAAAGGGUAAUUUACUGAUGUUGAAAUGUACAAAAGUUCCAGCUUGAAAUUGCCUCUAUGCCUAGCAGGCACAAAUGUAUUUACAGGCACAGCACAGGCAGUAUCAGCACAGAUGUCCCCCUACCUUUAAAUGCCCCCAAAUAUUUUAGUUGUGCAAAAUCAUUAUAAUGCAAUGUCAUGGAUUUCUAGAGGGAUUAAUUUGGGACAAUGCUAUAUAGGAUGCUUGGAUCUAAAUGAUGAUGUAGAUGUACUUGAGUCUGCCUCAAUACAGGGAGUUGGACCAAGAGUUCUUUUGAAGUCCCUCUUAGCCAUACAUUUCUACAAUGCAAUUUUUGAAAAUACUUAGAAUAGCUUAUUUAUUUAGUACCCUGGGUCCAUCUCUGAAAGGGUAGCACACCUAAUGAAAAUGAUGUAACACAAUGAUUUGUAAUUUAAAUGCAGAUCAUUAACUUAAAAUGUCCUCUUUGCCAAAGUUAUUCCUCCCAAAAAACAGAAACAAUGAUGUACAUUAACACAGUUCAUGUUAAGCUGAACCAUAAAGCUGGAGAAUUCAUAGCUGAGUACCUAGAAUUGGAUAUAGCUGUGAAUUUCCUGUCUUUUGUUUUGUCAGGUAAUAUCAUAAAUAUAAUGUCACGUAAAUGAAGUUGUGGUUUGUAUUUAGCCUAUUGUUUUACUAAGCAAGAAAUCAAUAUUUGAUUCUCACAUUCUGCUUCUCAUUCCCUAAGCCAGCUAUCUCUGGGUUAGUGUUAGUACAGCUGUGCAAAUAACUGGGGACGGGCCAUGGGAGGGAGUUGUUUUCUUUUACUUACAGUAUUGGGAAGAAAUGCAUUUAAUUUAGCUCCAGACAAAAUAUUGUGAAUUUUUGGCAAACCAAAGAGGUGAAAUGGUUUAAUUUUGUGACAAACAAAAAAAUGUUUUGUUUGACUUGAAAUUUUAAAAGCAGUUUAAUUUUGAAGAGUUUUUUAGCUGGUUUUAAACUUCUCAAAAUAAAAUCAAAGCAAAUGUAAAAAAUAAAAAUUUUUUUAUUUAAAAAAAAAAGACAUUAAAAUGAAAUUUUUACACUGUAUGGAAUCUUCAGGGGUGUUUUUUGAUUGAAAUAAUCUGGCAAAUUUGCCUCAAAUGGGCAACUCUUUUUUGGCAUAAAAUGUUUCUGCUGAAUAAUCUGCCUGUCUUUUUUGUCACCAUAUCCAUACUACUUUGUGAGAUGGACAAAUAGAGCUGGUCCCUCCAGGUUGCAGCGUUGUGCCUUAAUGUUAGCAACAACUGGAAGGGCAGGAAGAAGAGCAGAUUUACCCCUCCCAGGCUAGAAGCUUAGAUUCUGAAAAGUGCGGACUAUUACAACCAGAAGCAAAGAAGAGACACUUUCUCAGACUUGCCUGUUCUCAAAGCUUUUUCCUAUCACCAGAACACAGUAUGGAGGCCGUUGCCAAGUUUGAUUUCAAUGCUUCUGGAGAAGAUGAACUGAGUUUCCGGGCUGGUGAUAGUCUAAGGAUUUUAAGCUCCCAGGAAGAGUGGUACAAGGCUGAGCUGAGAAGUCAAGAGGGAUAUGUCCCCAAGAAUUUCAUCAAUUUUCAAAUUCCUGUCUGGUUUAAUGGGAGGAUAUCCCGCCAUGAGGCAGAGAACCUACUCAUAAACAAAGAAAUUGGCUCCUUCAUCAUCCGAGCAAGCCAGAACUCCCAGGGUGACUUCUCUAUCUCUGUCAGGCAUGAAGAUGAUGUUCAGCACUUCAAAGUGAUGAGGGAUGCAAAGAACAACUACUACUUGUGGACAGAGAAAUUCCAAUCUCUAAACAAGUUGGUGGAGUACUACAAGACCAACUCCAUCUCCAGACAGAAGCAGAUCUUCCUGCGGGACGAUAGCCGAGAAGAGAAGGAGCGGCAUGGUGGAAGCCUGGAACGGGGAGCACCAGAAGGGUUACGUCUGAGUGGAGCAGCUGCAGAUGUCCGAGCAUCAAUGUCUAAGAGAUAUUUAGAUCACUCCUCACUCAUGAUGCAGCAGCAGCAGCAGCAGCAACAGGAGAGGUAUGGAGGGAGCCUGGAUAGGAAGGAUGCCCUAAGAGACCAUGGGCAAGUAAGUGCACCAUCCGUGCACCGCAGACAUACAGAUCCACUGCAGCAGCAACCCCAGCAAACGCUGUGGGUCCGUGCCCUGUAUGAUUUUGAGGCAAUGGAGUAUGAUGAACUUGGCUUCCGCAGUGGAGACAUUGUAGAAGUCCUGGACAGCUCCAACCCCUCUUGGUGGAAAGGUCGUCUGCGUGGUGAACUUGGACUCUUCCCUGCCAACUAUGUUGCACCAAUCACCCGAUGAAUUCAGUACACACAGGGAUGUAUGGUGAUGGAGCUGCUCUAAAGUAACAGAGACAGAGAGCAUCUCCCAGGCACCUGGAACAUAGAGCAUUUGUAUUAUAAUCGUAAUUUAUUGGCAAGUGAACCUUUAAAUAGUUUAUAUUAAAGGGACCUGUGGAAAAGGGUGGGGUUUUUUUCCUCAUUUUACAUCCUGGUGUGGGAUGCAGCAAGAACACCAGAUUGUCCAUAAGGUGUCACUAUGUCCUCCCUACAUCUCUUUGGAUAAAUAUUGAUAAAUUAGGCAGGCCAUGCUAUAUAAUUAGCUCUGUCAUCCAGGAAUCCACUUCUAAACAAGGCAGGCUUCAGUUUGUAGGAAACUUCACUUCCACCUUUUGAAACCUGUCACAUGCAUGAGUCCCUCUGGGCUCAACUCUCUUUUAUUACCCCUUUUCUUCAAGGCAAAUACAGCAAUGGGGAGAGCACCAUGGCUUAGUCAGGUGGUAGUAACUGUCUGUGGGUAUACUUGAGGAAGGGAGAUAAAGUAAAGGGAUCUUGAACUCUGACAGUGAAUUCAGGGAAAACCUGGCUUUUCAAAGAAGACACUUUCUGAGUUAUCCCUCUUGUGUUCUCCUAAGGCAUCCCAUGAUGGGGACAUAGCACGGGAUGGGAUGGGGCCACAUGAACUGCUAUACAGAGAAGUUCACCUAUGGAACCAAUAUGUGGGAAAAAGAGGAGCUUUGCUGCUUCUAACAGACAUGCCCACACUGUAUAACAAUUUGUCCAUUUCCUAGCUACCUUCCACAGAAACCCUGCACUUUCUCUUGAGCAUGCUGGUAAGCAGGCCUGGCUUUUCAGCCAAGCCAAUAUUCAGCAGCUGAGAGAAAAGUAGAUAUUGCUGGUUGUUUUGUUUUGUUGGACUGUAUCUUUUUUUACUGGUUUAUUGCUCCCCAAAAUUCUUUCUAUAUAUUUUAGGGAAUCUGGCAUCCCUGUGCUUAUGAGUUCCUGGUGUCAUAUAUUGUCCCCCUGGAUGUGUUUAUGUAAAUCCAUACAUGUACUCAGGCACAUGCCAUCCUAUAAGAUUAUUAAGCAGUGUGGGGAAUGACAGAAGGCCAAAAAAGAGAAAAAAAACCAAAACCAGGCAUACAGCAAACGUAUAGGAUUGGGUGUCACCAUUACAGUUUUCACAUAGCUGAUUUGCUGUGCCUUUUAUGGCCUCUGGUUUCCAUGUGUCUAGUCCAAUCGUUCUCAACCUUUUUAGGCUCAAGGGCCCCCUUGAAAAAUGCCAGCUCUUAAUUUUCAUGUGUUAUUUUACUACAAAAAAAUAGUGGAGCAAUUCUUCUUUUGUUGCAAAGAACUCAGAAAGUCUACAACAGAUUAUAAUGUUUUUGAUACAGAUGAUUCACAUUUGAAAUCUAUAUGCACAUGUAACAAUGCUAACAUUGUGUGGCACCCUGCAGCACCCCUAAAAGAUUCUUAAGGCACCCUGGGAUGCUGAGGCAUGUUGGUUGAGAAUCACCUGUCUGGUGUCUUUCCUACCUCUCCUCAGUAUCUCUUGUUAAAAAUUCUACUGUACGCUCAAUGCCAAAAGCAAUCUCCUGCUAGCACUGUCAUAUUUUGGUCCAUUAGAGAUGCUAUGCUUGAGAUAGGGUUACUAGUUUACUUGUGAAAAUGCAGUGAAUAAUGUUUGAUCCAUGGAACAGGCUCCUCUAUAUAUCUGGUUUUUUUGGCAAAAUGAGAUAGAUGCAUAGCACAGUAGCAACAAGACUGAGAUUUUAAAAGGGGGGGAAGUGAUGAAUAAAUGACACUGCAAUGCAAAUAAAUAGUAAAUGCACAUUAACAUUUGUUAAAACCCUAAGACAGAAACGUCUUGAUCACUGCUGCUCAUCCAAGUUGAAAUUCAACAAAAUGCCACAAUAAAUAAUACUGUACCUUAUCUGGGACCUGAGUCAGUAAGGAAAUUCUGAUUUGUAGGUCUUUGGAAAGAACGAAAAUACAACAUACAUGAAAACCAAACCAGAUGCAUCAAAAACAUUGUUUCUGCCCUUUAGUAGUCCCAAUUGAAAAAAAACACUAAAACCCUCAUGUCAGAGUCUAGCCCAGUGAAGAUGACAUUGUUCCACUGUCACAAGAUGUGCAACAUUUGCUUUCAUUGAGCAGGGAGGAGCUUUUGUUGAGUGCUGAAGGGAAGAAAAGCAGACUACUGAUAAAUAAAGUAGAUCUGAAAAAAAAGCUUUACAUAUAAAGCUGGUCAUUGGUUAUAGACGCAAAACUAUACAUUCAGUUGAAUGUGGCAUUAGAGAGACAAUUUAGCUGUGGUAGAAGUGGGUUUAUUCCUGUUUAUUCUGAGUGCACAUGUGAUUGGUUAUAUACAGGCUAGAUUUGGGCCUGUUCCAACACCCCUGUGUUCACGAGUGUCUUGUUCUUUGAGUAGUCCCAGCAAAAUCAAUGGAUUGGCAUUAGAAUCUUGUUCUAAGUGAUUCCACAGCUUCAAGGGGAACUUUUUAAAGACUAGGUCAAGACUUGGAACACGGGAAAUUUAGAUCAAGGGAAAGAGAAGAACAAGGUAGAGGAAGAUAGAAGAGGAAAAAAAAUCAAAGACCAGCAGAACUACAGAAGCAAUAUUAAUGUUGAUUAUUUGAGACUUGGAGCUGACCAAAGAGGACAAAACAGUCUUUCAUAUUUUCCCUCGUCAUCUUAUAACAUGUUUCAAUUAAUUGUUGGUAUGUUUAAAUUUAUUUUAUAAGUUGAAAUCGAGAAUUGCUUUUACUUUUACCGAGUUUCUAGAGAUCCAGUGAGUAAUGAAGAUGUGGUUGCAGAACAUUAACUGAGGAUAAUCUGCUUAAUGUUCAGAUAUCUCUUUGCAUAUUUAAGUCCCUUUGCAAGGAUUAACUAUUUAAUUAAGACUGGACAGUAAGUUGCAAGCACUCCAAUGUGAAGUGAUGGUUUCUUGGGGUAAGGGUAGAUUUCCACAUGAUUUUUUAAAUUAACAUUUCAAGAAUUAAUAUCUGAGGCAAUUAAAUCAAUGGAUUUAUGUGUUUGCUUAAUUAGUCAUAGGUUCAAGACUUUAAAAUUAGAAUGUCAUAUGCUGCAUCUUGCUCGUGGUCAUCAACAUUUUAUAAAGAAAUAAUCCAAGAAUACAGUCUGGGUGAUAUCCUACUAUGACACUAAAAAGGUGGGGACAGGGGUGAGGGGGAGCACCCAGUUAAGUAUUUUGCUUGAUGUUUGUCAUAAGCAAAAAUGACAGCCUAUGAGAGAAGGGAUUACAAACAGGGACAAAAGCAAGGAGAGUACCUGGAAAGAAAAAACCUCUUUGAAGGAAAUGCUAUAGAAGUUGGAGUGCAUGUGGUGGUAAGGUAGAACCAUGGUUUGUUAAGCACAGCCCAGUUGGGUUCACUUUGUCUGAAUUAGCUUUCUGCCAUCAGUAUGGUGAAAAUCCAUGUUUUAUUUACAUCUCAGUGGUUAAUAAGGAUGAGUAAAGACAUUAAGUGAAAAUCUUCUCUAACAAAAGCUUUCACUGAACAUUCUGCAUCACAUAACCGAGAUGCCUCUGCAAAUAAACAUGCAUCAGGGCCUAUGUUUUGGAGACAUUUAGAAUAUGGCUAGUUAUAUUCUGGCUGCUGCCUAAGGAGAGUGCUUAGGGCUAUUCUUAGUACCUCCAUGAAAGGUAACCUCUGAAAGUACAAACUUCAGGUCAAACAAUCAGAUCUCUUUCUGUUUCCCAGGCCAGUCCUGUUUUUCAGUGGUCUGUCUUAAAAAUCUAGGGUUAGCACAGUGGUAUAGCUAUGGUGGUUCAAGGAAUAUUAGACCUUUAAAAUUGAGCACCUAACUGCUCUAUUGUAGGCUCAGUGGUUGCUCUUUUCUGCAUCUUCCCAGCAGGGGGUGUUGUUGCAGACCCUUGGAAGCCAUUGGCAGCAGCUUCUGCAGAGAGCAGCUAUGGAAGGUCUUCCAGAAAAGGCCAAAAGUGAAAGCUUUACAUUGGUACCCAGGGCCCCACACCAAUAAGAAUAGGGCCCAGAGUAGCAGCACUGGUGCCACCCAGGUUAGCAGGGCCAGCACCUGAGUAGCAAAAGCAAAAGCAGCAAUAAUCCAAGAGAUAAGUUAAAGGGAGUGAUGAGCCUGGGUGGGGAGUUGACAGGUGUCUUACAAUGAAUUUCAUUAACCUGACCAGUUAACAUGGGGGAUCAUUACCUAGAAACAGCUAGUACACCUGACAGUGCCUUGGCAUGUGACAAUCUGGGCUAGGACUCCUGUCAGGAUCCAGCUCCAUUUGUGCAGGGCUUAGCUACCCUAUGUGCUGGGGUGUGCACACUGUUCCCAAUCACAUACCAGAAGUGUCUUGCAGCAUGUUCCCUCCAGUGCUGUAUGUGACCUGCUGCCUCUCCCUACCCUGCACAGCCAAAAUGCCUCGUAGUACUUCUUCUCAGCUGCUGCAACUCAGCACCUCCUGUCCGCCAGCACUCCUGAGAGCAGCAAGGCACAAUUUUGCCUCUAGUCUAACAGAGGAACAUGCCUCUGUUUUUCUCAGACAUCACAAUCUGUUCAGUGUAUGCGGUUAAAUUGCUUUUAAAGGGACCCCUAUAGAGACCGAUUAAACUGUUAAUGCUCCCAAAUGA